CCCGUUCCAUUUCCAGCCCGCCCAAUCCCACCCGGUUCGCAUUUGGCAAUAAUCAAAAAGAAAUUGGGAGUUGAUUGAUUCUGUAGUCAACCGUGCAAAAUAGUCAUUCUCCUUCAAAUUCCUCACAGAAACACAGAAUAGAGUGUUUCUAAGUUCUUUUUUUGAGUAUGGCUAUGGCUUAGGGUUUAUAAUUUUUCACCAGAAAUCAUCGAUUACGCUCCUCAUGGCCACCAAGCUAAUUUCUCUUUAUCUUCUUCUUUUGCUCUUCAUUUUUCAGUUUCGACUCUCUUUGUCAGAACAGACAAACUCUAUGCAGUCUGUUCCUGAUCUCCAGAAGUCUAUGUACAUGGUCAUUGAUGGAUAUCCUUGUGUACGGCUGCUGAAUCUUUCUGGAGAGAUUGGUUGUGCUAAUCCUGGAAGAGACAAGGUUGUCACUCCUAUUAUAAGAUUCAGGAAUGCUAAUCAGUUGGCUCGUUCAUCUGCUGUUUUUGUAUCAUUAGAUGAAAUUCAAGAACUUUUUGACAGAAUAUCAGAUGAUUCAAGUUUUGCCAAGAAUGUAGGUGGUGUUUUAGUCGAGUCUAGAACCAACAUGCAAAAUAACAUAACAGGGUUCUCUCCAGCUCAAAAGUUCCCAGAAGUUGAAUUUGCACCUUAUAAAAGCAUCAGCUAUGAAUGGAACCCCAUUGGAUCUGGUAUUAUGCGGAAAGCUUAUAAUUUUCCUAUAUUCUUACUCUCUGAGGCGAGCAGUCAGAUCAUGCAGGAGAUUGCCACAAAGAAUGAGAGACAAAAGAAUGCUUAUACUGCAGAUGUUGCUGAGUUUGAUUUAGUGAUGCAGACAACAAAAUCUGGGACUCGUGAUUCAGAAUCUUGUUUAAGAGAACAGACUUGCCUUCCUUUAGGUGGAUAUAGUGUUUGGUCAUCGCUUCCACCAAUUAAUAUUACGUCCUCAAAUCAAUCCAAGCCCAUUAUAUUAAUUGUGGCAUCUAUGGAUUCUGCUUCAUUUUUCCGUGACAAAAGCUUAGGUGCAGAAUCUCCUAUUUCUGGUCUAAUUUCCUUGCUGGCAGCGGUUGAUUCACUUUCUAGCAUGGAUGGUUUGGGUGAUCUUAGUAAGCAGCUUGUCUUUUCAGUUUUCACCGGGGAGGCAUGGGGCUAUCUUGGCAGCAGGAGAUUUUUGCUUGAACUUGAUUUACAGUCAGAUUCUGUUAAUGGCCUUAAUGACACACUAAUUGAGAUGGUCAUAGAACUUGGAUCUGUCGGGAAAGGCUUUAGUGGAGGGAAUAAAACCUUUUUCGCUCACACAGCAGGGGUUUCUUCAGCCACAAAUGAAAUAUUGAACGCCUUCAAACAUGCUCAAGAUUCACUUGAAUCCAAAAAUGUUGUGAUUGCAACAGCAAGCACUACAAAUCCUGGGUUGCCCCCAUCAUCUUUGAUGGCAUUUCUGAGAAAGAACUCAUCAUCCUCUGGGAUUGUGUUGGAAGAUUUUGAUACUGCUUUUGCCAACAAGUUCUACCAUAGUCACCUUGAUGAUAUGUCAAACAUAAACUCUUCAGCUAUAGUCGCAGCUGCAUCUCUUAUUGCCCGCACCCUUUACAUCCUUGCAAGUGGCAGCAAAAAUUUAAGCAGUUCAGCUUUAAGUGCUAUCAAUGUGAACGCCUCUCUAGUUGAAGAAAUGAUGGGUUGUCUGUUGAACUGUGACCCCGGUUUGACUUGCGAGCUGGUUAAGGACUAUAUAUCACCUACUGCUUCUUGCCCAAGUCAUUAUGUUGGUGUUGUCAUUGGGGAACCUUCAUCAACUCCGUAUCUUGGAUAUGUCAGUGAUGUUUCCAGGUUCAUAUGGAAUUUUUUGGCUGAUAGAACUUCUAUUCCCACAGAGAAUACUAGCAAUGAUUGCUCAAAAGGUUGCAGCAACAAAGAUGAAGUCUGCAUUAGGGCAGAAACAAAUGGGAAGGGAGUGUGUGUUAUUUCUACUACAAGGUAUGUGCCUGCAUAUUCAACCCGAUUGAAGUUUGAAUCUGGAUCAUGGAAUGUUUUACCAUCAAAUUCUUCUGAUCCCUUGGGGAUGGUGGACCCUGUGUGGACAGAGAGCAAUUGGGAUGCAAUAGGCCUUCGGGUAUAUACAGUUCAGGAUGCCACUUUUGAUCGUUUUGUUUUGUUCGGAGGUAUUGCCAUCACUAUUUUGGCUUACCUUGCAAUAGCAAUUACAAGAGCCUUCAUAACCAAGGCCUUGAAACGAGAUUGACAAAUUUUUAGUUUUUGGUUACACCGUACAGAAAUGAUAGAAUUAGAUUUAAAUACCAUGAUUAUAAUGCUUGAAUUAUUUAAGAUACUAUGAUUUUGAAAUACUUUGUGGGGUGCAUUGCUAAUUGCCUUGGCUAAUCUUUAUUGGCAAGACAAUUUGUUUAGAACUUCUCUCAAUAAAUUGCUCCAUAUUCUCUA